AUGAAGGGUUGGCUUCAGACUCUGUGUCUGUCUGCCUUUUUCGCAGGGAGCGUGCUGGCAAAUGAAGUCGAAUUGAAACAAGACGAUGCGCACCGCCAGCGAUGUUCGGGGAUGUACAGCCGCAAGUCCUGGGGAGGAAGCGUCGAUCCGUUUAUCUUGACAAGGUUUUCGCACGAAUCCGAGACCAGUGAUACUGAUCCUUUGGUCAGCUUGGUGAUUUUCGAAUGGACCGACGAGGAGUUGAUCGGGAGGGCUGUAUCGGACAACCCGGAAGUGAGUUAUUGCCCCGGGAAUGAUCGCAUGCCCCGAGCAGGAUUAUCUGACUGCUUAUACAAAACUGUACAGGAAAUCGAAACAAUUUGCGACGAAGCGAGUGUUGACGCGGGCCUCUGCACGGAUCAAGAUAUCGGCUCUUUCAUUCUCGCCGCGAACGCGACGGAAACAUCCAAGUUCCCCAUCGUCUCCAAAGCCAUCCACCUAAACAAUCCAGUCGCGGUGAAUUAUCCUGUGAAGAAGACCGGUUUCUAUUGCGUGAGCACCUAUGGGUACUCGGGACAGGACUACACAGCGGUGGUCGAAUUUCGGAAUGCGUACGGUGAGCUGCCGGCAGCGCAGAUUGCGAAACUGCCGUUUUAUGGUGGCUUGACGAUAGUAUACGCCGUGAUUGGAAUUUUUUGGGCAUUCUUAUAUGUGCAAAAUCGCCAUGAUAUCUUGCCGGUCCAGAACUAUAUCACGGCUAUACUUGUGUUCUUGAUCCUUGAGCAGUUGAUGACAUGGGGCUUCUAUGAUUUCCAAAACCGCCAUGGCUUGAAUGUUGGUGCAAAAGUACUCAUGGUCCUUGUUGCCGUUCUUAAUGCUGGACGGAAUUCGUUCUCUUUUUUCCUCCUGCUCAUUGUCUGCAUGGGCUAUGGUGUCGUCAAGCCAUCUCUGGGCCGAACCAUGAUCUACGUCCGCAUUCUCGCCAUUGCGCAUUUCAUCUUCGGUGUCAUCUACGCUGUUGCAAGCUUGUCAAUCACACCAGAUAGUGCCGGUCCGCUCGUGCUCUUGAUUGUUCUCCCGCUUGCCGCUACCCUGACUGGCUUCUACGUGUGGACCCUUAACUCGCUGAACGCAACGAUGAAGGAUCUCAUCGAUAGAAAGCAGAAGACCAAAGCGUUGAUGUACAAGAAGCUGUGGUGGUGCAUUUUGAUCAGCAUCGUCGUUAUAUUCGGCUUCUUUUUCAUCAACUCCUUUGCUUUUGCGGGUGGCAGUGACGCCAGUUUCGUACCGGACCACUGGAAGACCAGGUGGUUUAUCUUGGACGGUUGGCUCAACUUGGUCUACCUAUGCGAUAUUGCUUUUGUCGCUUAUCUGUGGCGACCUACCGCCAACAACAGACGUUUCGCGAUGAGUGACGAGCUUGCGCAAGAUGAUGACGGUUUCGAAAUCCGCUCAUUUGGCAGUGCAUUGGACGAAGAAGAUGUCCUUGGCGCUCCAGAGGUCAAUGUCGGAACAGAGCACCGCCGCGAUCUUUCCCCUGUGCCUCCCAAGCCUGUUCCGUCCGCGCCUCGUCAAAGAGAGUCGCUCGACGGGGAGACGAUCUUCGCCGUUGGAGAAGACGGAGACAAGUGGUCUGACGAUGAAGAUGAAGAAUCUCGACGCGGUUCGACCGAUCGCAAGUCGCAAGAAGGCGACGAUGAAGAGAGGGAAAGAUUGACAAAGCGUACGGAUUGA